AGGAGAGGAAAUAGUAAAAUCCGACAAGAAGUUUCGCAACUCCUCCUAGAAUCUUCUGGUCUCUCUCUCUCUCUCUCUCUCUCUCUCUCUCUCUUUUUGUCUCUUUGGAUUCUCUCUCCCCCGUGUUCUUUGCAGAUGCAUAUUAUACGCAAUGAAGGGUGAUUUCAAAGCCGAGACGAUGGAGAUAGACUCCGGUGGUGAGACUUUCGCUCUUGACAACAAACCAUCCAGCGCCAGGGAUUUGCUCUCCGCCGCUCGGAGGCUCGUCGAUCAAGGCCAGCCUUCACAAGCUCUCCAUGCGGUGGUGAUGGCAAUGAGGACCCAAGGAGGAGACGAGGCGGUACUUCACAUACUCAACCGUACCCGUGAGCUUUACAAGCGUACAAUCCAAGAAACAGCCAGCGUAGAUCAGCUGGCUUCUUUAUUUGCGGAGUGUGCCAUUACAGAAGCAGAGCCUCUUGGGCACCAGCCAACAUCAGCAGACUUAUUUGGUAGUACCAAAGAGAGAGUUACGGCGGAUGCUCAUGGGAUAUCUAUUCUGGAGAAAAGCGGGAGGUCACAGAUCAUGCUUGAUGCCUUUGCUGACGGUAGCAGCUUUAUCUGUCUGAAAUGCGGUGGUCUUGUGAGCAUCCAUAGGAGAGAUGAACACUAUGCGUACUGGUGUAGUAAUAUGUGAUACAAGAAUGAUGCUAUUUCAUAACUCAUCAUCUUAUGGACUUGUAAUGUUUCUUAUGCUUAUCAAUAAAAGCUUGGAGGAAAGACACUGAAUCA